UCAUAACUCUCACGCAUAAUCGACACGCGACUCACUCCCACAUACCUCUCACUGUUAUAUUUGCCAUCGAUUCGUCACACUCAACUUGAAGAUGGCUAUGGAGGUGGAUCGCAUCUCCGACUUUCUCGGUGAUCAGCGCGAGCAGGCUCCAGAGGACCUCCAGCCUUAUUUCCUAGAAUUUGAAGACAAGUGGGAGAAGAAGCUAUGGCACGAGCUAACAGAGGAGCUGAUAAAAUUCUUCAACCAGCCAGAUAGUGCACCACAGCGUCUGGCUCUCUACGACACAUUCAUUAAGAGCUUCGCUGGAAAGGUUAACCAGUUGAAGCUCGUGACUUUGGGACUGAAGGCAGCUUCACAGAUUAAAGAUCCCCAAGAUCGACUGAAAUUCGUUACGACCCUUGCCGGAAGGGUCAACAAGCCUGUGUCCCAGGACGCCUACGUUCACGCCACUGUGGAAGCCGCAAACAUACACCUACAACUAGAGCAGUAUGAGGAGGCACGGAAGAAGUUAGACGAGUGUGAGAAGAUUCUAGAUACAUUCGAUUCUGUUGAGACCGUUGUACACGCUUCCUUCUACGGCGCGAAUGCCGAGUACUACAAAGCCAAGCAAGAAUUUGCAUCAUACUACAAGAACGCUCUUCUAUAUCUGGCAUGCAUAGAUCUCUCUAUGCUAUCGGUAGAGGAGCGACAGUCAAGAGCAUAUGAUCUCAGCAUUGCUGCCCUCGUCUCAGACUCCAUUUACAACUUCGGAGAGCUCCUUCUCCACCCUAUCCUCGAUUCGCUAAACAACACUAGCCACGCAUGGCUUCGUGAAUUGCUAUUCGCGUUCAAUCGCGGCGAUUUGAACGCCUGGGACGCACAAGUCGGUAAUCUAUCGAAGAACAAGUUGCUCAAGGCGCAUUCGCAUUUCCUAUACCAAAAAAUAUCUCUUGCCGCACUUACAGAAGCUGUAUUUCGUCGGCCGCCUCAUGACCGCGCAAUGACAUUUGCGACCAUAUCGGAGGAAACGAAAGUUAAGCCGAUCGAGAUAGAACACCUAAUCAUGAAGGCUUUGAGCUUGGGUCUCGUAAAGGGACAGAUCGACCAAGUUGCGGAGGUGGCACGCAUCAACUGGGUACAGCCGAAGGUCCUCGAUAUGAAGCAGAUCGAAAACAUGAGAGGGCGACUGAAGGAAUGGGAUUCCAGCGUCAACCAACUGGGUAAUUGGAUCGAGGGGGUUGGCAAGGAUGUCUGGGCAGCAUGAGCCGAGCAGACGAAAGGAUUGGCAAGCGGCCAAUGUAGUGCAUGUAUUGCCUGCAUAAGCGGUCCUGUAUGACAUAUAGACAGCAUCCAAAUCAAGCCUUGAUCAUGAUAAAAUGUACACGUGUCUUCACACUUCCCAAAGGAUCAAAGGCCUGGCAGGGACCAUACAACAAUAGACGCUCCAGCGAACCAAGCCGGG